AUGGCUGGCAUAGAAGGACUUCGUGGGCCACUUGGCCCCCGUGGUUUGCAAGGGGAACAAGGGCUUCCGGGACUGCCUGGCAGCCAGGGACCAGCGGGCAGAGAGCCGACUGAUCUGCAUAUUAAGCAGGUUUGCAUGAGAGUAAUACAAGAACAAUUUGCACAGAUGGCUGCUAGUCUUCGGAGGCCUGAAUUUGGGGAUCCUGGCAUCCCAGGCCCACCUGGCCCACCAGGCUCCCCUGGACUUCCAGGAGACAGUGGCUUCCCAGGACAAGCUGGAUCCCGGGGAUCGCCUGGUCUUAAAGGCCCUCCCGGUGACACUGGGCCGAAAGGUCCCAAAGGUGACACAGGUGAAAAGGGGGAGAGAGGACUCCCAGGUCAAGGGCCCAAAGGCUUGCCAGGAACAACAGGACUCCCUGGAGAACCCGGCAAGCCCAGUUAUGGCACUGAUGGGCGAGAUGGUGAGAGAGGCCCGCCUGGAGCCGCUGGAUCCCCUGGUGUUCCAGGUCCUACUGGCCCUCCAGGUCCUCCUGGUUUUUGUGAACCAUCAGCUUGUACCAUGGAAGCUGGAUUACAAGGAGGGCCGAAUGUGAAAGGGCCAUGA